AUGUGGCUGGGUGUUUUCUACUGCACCAAGAUCACCAUCAUCCCACAACCCCUGUUCUUCUGGCUGAAGAUGAGGAUUUCCAAGUUGGUGGCCUGGCUGGUCCUGGGCUCUACACUUGACAGGGUUUCUUAUGAGGUCUUCUCGAGUGGCUUCAUCGUGGUGGUGAACGUGCUGGACUUCAUCAAGCAGAUACAAAUGGCUCCUUUGGAUCUGCCCAUUUUCUGUCUGGUGACUUCGAGGAUUUGUCUCCAGUUGUUCCUCUUCCUUGCACACAAAGUUCCUCUCUCCUUAAUGAAACAAUCUGAAUUUGCUGGGCUCUACGUAAUUUUUAUUUUUUUAAAUAUUUGGGGACUUUGGUUGGCCACGUGGCUUGGUGUUUUCUAUUGCACUAAGAUUAGCACCAUCCAGGACUCCAUGUUCUUCUGGCUGAAGAUGAGGAUUUCUAAGCUGGUGCCCUGGCUGAUCCUUCACUCUAUAUUUCAUGCAUCUAUCAAACCAUGGUCCAUCCUGUCCUUCCUGACCCUCUACUUCUCCCACUACAUGAUGGCCAUUUUGUUGUUCUUUCAUAUAUUGCAAUUUGGAAGCUUCCUCUUUGAGUUUUGCAUCUUGAUCAUUGGCACCUACCCAUCUGUACGCUCUGUCGUCUUAAUUUUAGGACAUCCUAAACUGCAACAAAAUGCAAAGAAGUUCCAGCUCUGCGGAGCAGAUUCAGCCCUGCCCUGGGGCCAGAACCAUGAGCACAAAAAACCUGUGUUCCUGGGAACUCCGCAGUCUUCAGGAAGGAGACAGGAGCAGCCAGGACAAGGCAGGCCUGGGCAGCAGUGGUACUGCAGCCGGGAGAUGUCCUGUGCCAUCCACCUGCCCUCCAUGCCCUGUGCCCAGGAGCUCAGUGUUGUGGUGCAGUCAGCCUAG